GACGGAUACCGUUUCAGACCCAAUCAUUCAAAAACAUACAAACAUACAAACAUACAAAAUACACCAUGGCAUACAACAAUAAUCAACAAAUUCCCUUCUGGGACUUUGUGCGAGCAUUCGAUUUGAGCGGCACUGGUGUUGACCAUGCUCAUCCAAGUCGGACAUUCGAAGGCGAACCGCCAUUUGGUCCAGGACCACAGCCAGCUCAAGCAAGCGGCUCUCACCCUCCACCACCCCCACCACCAGGAUCAUUCCCAUGGGGAGGUGUUCACGGCCCUUUUGGCUUUCCAGGUGGGUUCGGACAUCAUGCAUUUGGUGGCCCAGGCGUCCAUUGUCGAGGCGGACGUCGAGAACGUCACUGUCGUCGUGACCACUCUGGCGACAGAUCCAGAUCUCGCGCUGCAUCGCCUAGUGGCGAGGAACCUGAAGGUGAAGGACCAGACGGUCCAGCAGGAGAGCACCGGAGACAUAGAGGCCAUGGCAGACAUGGAAGACAUGAUCAUUCUGAAGGUGAGGAAGAGCAUGGGCAUGACGGCCCCCGACGAGGUCGUGGAUUUGGAGGACGAGGAAGAGGACACAGAGGUGGAUGGGGACAUCACGGUCGCAGAGGAUCUCCUGCUUUUGGAGGUCCAGGAGGGAUGGGUGCAUUCGAUUUGAGCGCCCUUCUUAAUGCCUUCAACAACCACCCAAUCGGACAGCAAUCAUGGGCACAAAUGCUCCGUCAAUACGCUCAACAGGCAGGGCUUGCAGGCGACAGCCAACGAUCAGGCGAGACUGGCAUCCCUGAAGGAUUCGAAAACACCUUCACCCCUCCCAUCGAUGCCUUUUCCACCGAGACGGCAUAUAUCCUACACAUUGCUUUGCCAGGAGCAAAAAAGGAAGACGUCGGGGUCAACUAUGACUCUGACAAGGGGGAGCUGAAUGUCGCUGGUGUGGUAUACAGACAAGGCGAUGAAGAAUUCUUGAAGUCUCUGUCGCAGAGUGAGAGAAAAGUAGGUGUAUUCGAGCGCACCAUCAAGCUCCCACCUGCGAAUGAAGAGAAGGAGGAAGUUAAUGGAGAUGGCAUCACUGCAAAGCUUGAGGAUGGCGUUCUAGUCGUCACUGUCCCUAAAGUUGAGAAGGAAUGGACUGAGGUCAAGAAAGUUGACAUCAACUAAGUGUAGGUGGUCGAUAAUGGUACGGGUAGGCGUUGGGAUCGGACCUGGAUUUGAUUUUGGAUUUUAUCUUGGAUUUGGACCUCCUUAGCAUUUUAUCAUUUUAUUACAUCUGGUACCCGAGUCCUCUUAACAGGUCAGAGAAAACAAUACAAAAAAAUACCAUCUGGCAAUACCAACACUGCUCCUUUCCAUGUGAUACAAUGGUGACAACUACGAAAUGCCAUAGGUAGGUAGGGAAUAUACAAAGGUACUUAGAAUAGUAAAAUGUUAGUAGUCGCAUGGUCCAGGAAACGUGAAGAUAUUCAGGUACAUUUUGCUAGGAUUCGAAUUAAUCAAGGCAUGCCUUGCUCGGCCGAACCCAAAUACACUCCAGCUUAAUUUCCUCGAAUGUUGUGGUCUGUGCCAGCCGCAAUGGAC